AUGAAGCCACAAAACAUUCCUGCUGCGGUACCUAUUGUCCGUGUCCACUUUUUUGCUACUAAAGAGCGGCUGAUGCAGGUAGCCAGAGACCUGGCGUCGAUGACAGGCAGGUAUGCUGGCAUACAGGUCUUUGCGGACCUGUCCCCAGCCACGUUAGCCUUCAGUACCAUCACCAAGGCGCUAAAAAUUGGGAUUUCUGACCCCACUCAUCAUCCACAGGAAUGGAUCCGACAGUCGCCUCAUCGCCUGAAGAGAGACACAAAUUGCUAUCGCAAUGGAACAUUCCACUACAAGCAGAUGCUUCUCCCGUCAAGGGCCUGGAGUCGGCCUCAACCUGCAUUACAGGGGACUGGCAGAGAGUUGCGGCAGCCAAGUGAGCCACCAAUUCAGAGCUCUUUGACAACAUCCCUGCGCAUAUUAUUAGGUUGCAAGCUGUCCGCAGAACACUAUAUAAAAAACAUAAUAAAAAACAUAAUAAUAAUAAAAAUAAAAAAUAAAAAGAAAUUAAAAAAAAAAAAAAAAAUUAAUAAACAAAAAUAAAAUAAAAAAUGAACUCGCUGACUCAUCACAGAGGCUGUUGUUGGUAGGACUCUGUGCAUGAGACCUUUGCUCUCACUUCCUUCUCUCUUAUCUCACAGUUCAUGCCUCCACCAGGCUCACUACAGAGCCAUUGCAGUGUGACUUUCUCACGCUGUAA